AUGAUAAACCUCACCGUUGGAGAAGUUGCCGGUCUGAUUUCGGGAUUACACAUUGUGAUCCCGCUGCUAUUUGCGUUUGUGUUGGUAGGCAUCGUCCGUGACCGCUCCUUCGAUGCCGUCACAUGGUCCUCGAUCAGCCAUCUCUUGCAGAGUUCUUGGUGGCCGUUGCUACUGCAGAGUGAUGGCGCUGCGGGGAACUUCAUGGGCAAAAUGGUCCGCUGGCGUGUUUUUGGUGUGUCGAUGCUGGUGACGCUCGCGACUAUCUGCCUGGUCGUCGCAAACUUCCUCACCCCCAAGCCUCUUCAGGAGAAGAUCAAUCCGUCUCGCGGCCUCCAUGAUGUGGAGUUUCACUAUGUCACGGAUCCGUCCUACUACGGGGUGGCCACAUUGGAUCGACAAGGCGUCAACAGGCGGUGCGGGUGGCAGAAGUGGAUGGACUGCCCGCAUUCCAUCUACGACGACCCGGCCGUGCGAAACCAGUAUAUCAACCACACGGUGAUCAACUCGACCAUCCCCGACGUCACCCGGGAACUCUUCACCAGCGGAACCAAGGUCGGCACCGUCGCCAAUCUGCUGGACAUCCAGUUCCGGGCCUACAACCUGGUGAACAACAUAUACGUGGACAACAACGCCAGCCGGGCCGUGGGACGCCUGGAAGUCCUCCCGUCCAUGAUCCUCAACAAGGGAUACUACCUCGUGAACGGGUUGAUCAUCGACGCGUACAAAGGAGGCAUUGGGAUACGCAACCACACCGUGCCGGGCGGUCUCGAACUGGGCGCGACGUGGACGGAAGACAUCCUGUGGGUGAUUCCGGAGACACGGUGCACCAACACGAACCUGAGCCUGCACUUCUCGGUCAACGGCAACGCGUCCAACUCUAUGUCCGGCGACGACGGCUACCUGCGCGACGACGGCGGCUUCUCCGAAAUCAGCCCCGAGAUCCCCAAGCCCCAGUGGAACGACGGGGACAAGUGGAAGGACGUUGGGGGGACGCCGCCGCUCAAGCGCAACGCCGACAUUUUGGCGUGGUGGAACAACCAGUUCGUAGCCCAGGUGCUCAACCUCACCUCCUCGGAGAAGGGAAAUGUGUACACGGGCCAGAUCAACACCUUUGGCUCCCUCAGCGUGCCCGGCGCCAUCAAGAUCAGCGGCAUGGACGGCGGGUUCCUGGACGACAUCUACUACAAGAAGCAGCCGACGUUGCAGUCCAAGUUUGAAAAUUACGGCACGCGAUGCAGCGGAUACUACGACGACGACCCGAGCAAGGACGGCAAGGCGUUCAUGCAGUGCGGAUACCUGUACAGCAUCCCGCAGCCGGAGCACGUCGACUCGGGCCAGUCGUGGCGCCCGGACCCGGGAUCCCCGUGGCAGCAGAACCUGUACACGUGCGCCAGCGCGGUGUCCGCGACGAUCAAGCAGGUGACGUUCCGCAGCAACGGGAGCACGUCGUUCGAGGCGCUGCAGGUGGUGGACGUGCAGGCCAAGAACUACACUUCCAGUGACAUGCCGCUGUGGGGGAUCGAAAAGGUCGACCACCGCACGUACAAGAUCUGGGACGUGUACAAGUUCUGGGGCCUGGUGGACCAGUCGUCGUCCGCCGCCGCCGCCGCCGAUGUCGACGUCCAACGCGCCGCCAAGAUCUACCUCCCCGCCGCUGUGCGCGGCACCACCCUCGGCAACCACAUGUACGACUCGUUCGCGGCCGGGGGCGUCUUCACCGCCGCCUGGAACAGCAUCUACACGGACGCGGCGGCGCUAAGCGACGUGAAUGAGGAUGCCAUUCCGAACUACAGCGGCAAGUCCAACUACGGCCUGACUCUCAAAUGGCGCGAGCUCAUGUCCCAGUCGGCUGGCGGGGCCGAGACGAUGAUGAACCUGAUCUGGACAGACCUCAUCAGCUUCGCGAUCGUAGGGACACGGACCGGGUUCGAGGGGAUGGGGACGAUGUCGUCGGUCAAGGUGGCGACGACAAACAAACGCUCCAACACCGGCACGCACAAUAACAAUAAACUCGGUCUACGCCUCGUGCACCGCUACGAACGGUCCAUCGCGUACGGGGACAUCCGGUACGCGAUCCCGGCGUUCGUGGUCGGGGUGGUGUUCGUGCUCACCCUGCUCGCGUCGCUGGUGAUGUGCUGCUUCCAGCGCCGCGUGUGGGCGGCACUCGCGCACUACACCCGCCAGACCAGCAUGGGCCGCGCCGUCACCCAGACCAUGCAGCAGCAGCAGCAGGGAGGUGCCGCCGGGCUCGAGGACGAGGAGAUCAUCAGUCCCGCCGCUAGCACAAAGCAGUGGGCGAGUCGGGCCCGGUAUAUCAUCCUGCCCGUGCCGCCGGUGCCGCCUCCGCCAGGGCCGUCGGGGGUACGAGACAAGCAGAAGACUUCUAUCACUCCUACUUAUUCUUCAUCAUCAAUGGAUGUUUGGGGGACCCCGGGAAGACGGGCCAUGCUCACGCCGGUAUACGCCACCAGCAGGCCCCAGAGUGACCGAAGCAGCCGGCGGAGCCAGACUUCCUACAUGGCCAUGGUCGAGCGCUCGGCCGGUGACCACGAGGAAGGGCCCUUUGAAGGAGGACCACACGAAGGCGAGUCGCAGGAGAGGUUGAGAAUUUAG